GGGGCGCUCCCCUCAGAGGCGAGGCGGCGGGGUUCGGGGUGCUAUGGCGUUGCCACAGCGGGGGGCCGGUCCGCUCUGGGCCGAGCGGGGCUGGUACCUGUCAGCCCGCGAGCAGCCAGAGGAUGAGGAUGAGGAUGAGGAUGAGGAUGAGGAUGAGGCGGACGAGGACGGGGAGUCCGUCCCGCUGCUGCCGCCGGGCAGCGUGCAUGAUUCUCAAAGUCGUGGUUCUUCCUUUGGUUUCUCAGUAUUUAAUUUAAUGAAUGCUAUCAUAGGAAGUGGGAUACUUGGCUUAUCCUAUGCUAUGGCCAACACAGGGAUCGUGGGGUUUAGUAUCUUGCUGCUGAUUGUUGCUGGCCUUGCUUCUUACUCUGUGUUUCUUCUGCUCAGUAUGUGCACUCAGACUGCUGUCACUUCUUAUGAAGACCUUGGCCUGUUUGCAUUUGGAUCACCUGGAAAGGUCCUUGUUGCAACUACAAUAAUUAUCCAGAAUAUUGGAGCUAUGUCGUCUUACCUUUUAAUUGUCAAGUCUGAACUUCCUGGUGCUGUUGCGGGAUUCUUAAGUGAAGACAAGAGUGGGUCUUGGUACCUUGAUGGCAGACUGCUGUUACUGAUUACUUCAAUCUGCAUUGUUUUUCCUCUUGCGCUUCUUCCUAAAAUUGGCUUUCUUGGCUACACAAGUAGUUUAUCAUUUUUCUUUACUGUGUACUUUGCUCUUGUGAUUAUGGUUAAAAAAUGGUCAAUCCCUUGUCCUCUGCCUUUAAGUAGUGCUGUAGAGACCUUACAGGUUUCAAAUUCUACUGGGGAUUGUAAAGCAAAGCUCUUUCAUCUUUCAAAAGAGAGUGCUUAUGCAAUACCAACUAUGGCCUUCUCUUUUCUCUGCCAUACGUCAGUCUUACCCAUCUAUUGUGAGCUCCAAAGUCCAUCCAAAAGUAGAAUGCAGAAUGUAACUGUCGCAGGAAUUGGUCUGAGUUUCCUAAUUUACUUUAUGUCUGCUCUGUUUGGGUACCUGACAUUUUAUGAUAAAGUGGACUCUGAAUUGCUACAGGGUUACAGCAGGUACCUGCCUCAUUAUACUGUCAUCAUGACUGUUAAAGUAGCCAUCCUGUUUGCUGUGCUUUUGACAGUCCCUCUAAUCCAUUUCCCGGCAAGAAAAGCUGUAUUGAUGUUAUUUUUCUCUCAUCUUCCUGUGUCGUGGAUUUGCCAUAUCCUUGUCACUUUAACACUGAAUACAAUUGUUGUGUUGUUUGCGAUGUACGUGCCAGACAUUAAAAACGUAUUUGGAGUAGUUGGUUCAACCACAUCAACAUGUUUGCUUUUUGUUUAUCCUGGACUAUUUUAUCUGAAACUUAGCAGAGAGGACCUUUUUUCACGACAGAAACUUGGGGCAUGUGCAUUGGUUGUUUUUGGCAUUUGUGUUGGCCUUCUCAGUUUAGUUCUAAUAAUUUUCAAUUGGACUGACCAGUAACAGACUUUUGUUGGUGUCUGAACUGAGCUUCAGAAGGACAAGAACCAGAGAGAUGUCAAAACUACCAAGAUGAAUGCUGGAUAUCCUCAGGGAAACACUGACCAAAGCUAUCUGUGGAAGAAAUAAUGCUGUUUUUCACUGCAUUAGUGAUGUUCCCUUAAUCUUGAGUCACUCUCUUCGCUUACUGGACAAUUAGUCUUUGCCAUUCUAAAGUAAUAGUUUUUAAUUAUGAAAUAAUGACAGGUAAAAAGGUCUCUUGAAUUUCUGCAUUGCAGAAAUGCUUCAGUGCACGUGGUGGACAAAGGCAGAAUCUUGAACUAACUUCUGUUUCAAA